CUACAGCCCAGUUUAAGUUAUGCCGUCGCAGCACUUAUACGCGUGUAUCAGGGAUGGACGAUCCGAAGAUGGUUGCUAUCUGCGACCUCAAACAGGAGAAAUAUCUAGUAUAAGAAAGCCUGUUGAUGCCAACUUGAUCUCUGCAAACGAAUUGCGAGGCCAUCUUUUAUCGCUGCUUCAGUUUCAUUCGGAUCCCCUACACACCCAGGCAGCGCCGAAUCCACCUCCUCCGGCACUCCCAUAUCCAUAUACACACGGCGGCAACGAUGUAUACGACCGAGCUGCUCCCGAGAGGAGAACUCAAACCGUACCGAGGCAACUACUACCUGUGGCAAUAUGUUCCAUCUUUGCCCGCUGCCAUCAUAUUCACCAUCAUCUUCCUGGUCUUAUCCGUCGCCCAUACCUGGAAAAUGUGCAAGAAGCGGAUGUGGUUCUGCCUUCCCUUUGUCAUUGGUGGUUAUUUUGAAGUCAUCGGCGUUGCCGCCCGAGCCGCGGCCGAAAGCAAGACGGACGUGCUCAUGCCCUACAUCCUCCAGUCCAUCCUGACCCUGGUGGCGCCGUCGCUGUUUGCCGCGUCCAUCUACAUGACCUUGGGCCGCAUCAUGCGAGGACUCGGGUCCGCAGCCGAGUCGCUGUCCAUUAUCCCUGUCCGGUGGCUCACCACCAUCUUCGUGGUUGGCGACGUCUUUUCAUUUCUCAUGCAGGGCACAGGCGGCGGCAUGAUGGCGACCGAAGGCAGGCAAAAGCUCGGGGAGAACAUCAUACUGGGAGGGCUGAUUGUCCAAAUCAUCUUCUUCGGCUUGUUUGUUGUCGCCGCCGUCAUCUUCCACGUCCGCUUCUCUCGGUACCAGUACAGCAGCAUGGCGCUCGGUGGUUCGCGUUCCAACUCGGCCGACACGUUCGGUUGGAAUGGCAUGCUGAACAUGCUGUACGCCACGUCGGCCCUCAUCCUGGUUCGCUGUAUCUUCCGCAUCGUCGAGUACAUUAUGGGCCACGACGGAUACCCCCUGAAGAAUGAGUGGACGUUUUAUGUCUUUGAUGCCACGCUGAUGGCCCUUACUAUGGCCGUAUUUUAUUGGUGGUAUCCGUCCAGCAUUCAACGGUCGCGCAAGUUUCGGGCCGAGAGCGGCACCGAGAGCAGCAUUGGUAUGAUGGAAAGGUAGAUUGGCAGCCAACUCUGGUGCGAGAGCAUGUUUACAUUGUUUCAGACUGGCUAGACGUGAGCAAUAGCAACAUGAACUUCCGGC